GUGAGAUUGCUCACACUCCUCCAUCUGUGAGUGCGAAAUCUCGCCGUAUCUUCUGAAGACCUCGGGGAGGCCGACACCACGGACAAUCUACAAACCAGCAAAUGAUUCAAAAGUAAAGUUAUUUUGCUAAACAGGACCAGCUGUACAAAGGACGGCGGCUCUAGUAUAUUCGCAGUUGAACGUCUUGGCUUUAGUUUGUGACUUUUGAGUGAAUUUUCGACUGAAGUGGCGAUAGGGGUAAAAGUUUUUCCUCUACCUUCUUUUCGCAUGGCCACACACAAAAACCACACGGGUGGGAUUUUCAGAAGAAAAACAGACAAACACAGACUUUAUUUUGUUGAUACAGUAAGUCUGAAACGUUGUUCUUGGACGAAAUCUUAACGCGGUCUUCAGGACGAGCACGCGCCUCCGUUGAGUAUUUUCACCGAUUUCAAACGAAUUCUCGGCCAAUCGAAAACCUUCUAGUAAAUUCCGAGGGGUAUUUUUAAAACCAAAGAGACAAAAAAAGACGGCAAAGGGAGAAAUGUGGAGAUUCGUCCUGUGACUAAACAUUAGGAACGACUUUUUACGAACUUCUGCGAAAUCUAAUUUGGGAUUGACGGUUUUCAGAAAGGAACAGCUGUGUUUAUGGAGAGCUGCGCUGGGUGAACAGUUCAGAUGUAGAGGACCCUUUAUGAUGAUGAUGAUGAUGAUGAUAAUGAAGACUAUGCUGCUGCUGAUUUCAGUACUCCUAACUCAGGCUCUUCAGUCCCAGGGCAGACCUACCACUCAAGAUGAGGCAGUAGCCUCGGUCGUGCCUACGCCAUUCACUCUGUAUCCGGGGGAAAAAUUGGAGCUUAGCUGUAAAUGUAAAGAGGAGACACAGGAAGUGACCUGGACUAAGGACAAUGUUCCAUUGGUUGAUGGAGAACACACGCACCUGCGGAACGAUCAGCUGGAGAUCGAAACUGUGGAACCAGCCGACUCUGGUCUGUAUGCUUGCUUUGCUCAAGGCCCCAACAGCAACCACACAGACUACUUCAACAUCAACGUUACAGAUGGAUUGGCUUCCUCAGAAGAUGAUGAUGAUGAAGAAUCUUCCUCAGAGGAGGCUAAGCUAUCAAGUAGCCAGAAACUGCUUCCGAUGGCUCCAGCCUGGGCUCAGCCUGAUAAGAUGGAGAAGAAGCUCCACGCGGUUCCCGCCAGCAAAACUGUCAAGUUCCGUUGCCAGGCCAACGGUAACCCUACCCCAACCCUCAAGUGGCUUAAGAACGGCAAAGAGUUUAAGAGAGACCAGCGAAUAGGAGGAUUCAAGGUUCGAGAGCACAUGUGGACCAUAAUAAUGGAGUCAGUGGUGCCGUCAGACAAAGGCAACUACACCUGUCGGGUGGAGAACAAAUACGGCAGCAUCAACCACACCUACCAACUGGACGUAGUCGAGCGUUCACCGCACAGGCCAAUCCUUCAGGCUGGGUUGCCUGCUAACCGUACAGCAGUAGUGGGAAGUGACGUGGAGUUUGAGUGUAAAGUCUUCAGUGAUCCUCAGCCUCAUAUCCAGUGGCUGAAACACAUUGAGGUGAACGGCAGUAGAGAUGGCCCUGAUGGACUGCCUUACGUCCGGAUCUUGAAGCACUCUGGGGUCAACAGUUCGGACACACAGGUCUUGACGCUGUACAACGUAACCGAAGAAGAAAGUGGAGAGUAUAUUUGUAGAGUGUCCAAUUAUAUAGGCCAGGCCAACCAAUCAGCAUGGCUCAACGUCAUUAAACACUCCUUCCAAGCCGUUCCCCCGACUCAGCUGCCCAACCAGACAUACCUGGAGGUGCUAAUCUAUUGUGUGGGAUUCUUCCUCAUCUGUGUGAUGGUGGUGACUGCCGUACUGGCCAAAAUGCACAGCUCGGCCAAGAAAAGCGACUUCAACAGCCAGCUGGCUGUCCACAAGCUGGCCAAGAGCAUCCCGCUGCGCAGACAGGUGUCGGUGCAAUCCAGCUCUUCAAUGCACUCAAGGGGAAAGUUGGUCCGCACCUCCCGUCUCUCCUCAAGUGGCUCCCCAAUGCUCUCAGGGGUCUCUGAAUAUGAACUGCCCCAGGACCCUCGCUGGGAGGUACCCAGAGACAGGCUGGUUCUUGGGAAGCCACUUGGAGAGGGUUGUUUUGGGCAGGUGUUGAUGGCCGAGGCUGUGGGCAUGGACAAAGACAAACCUAAUCGUGUCACCAAGGUUGCUCUCAAGAUGCUCAAAUCCGAUGCCACAGAGAAGGACCUGUCAGACCUCAUCUCAGAGAUGGAAAUGAUGAAGAUUAUUGGCAAACACAAGAACAUCAUCAACUUGCUAGGAGCCUGCACACAAGACGGUCCGCUCUAUGUCAUUGUUGAGUUUGCAGCAAAGGGUAAUCUGCGAGAAUACCUGCGUGUACGUCGUCCUCCCGGUAUGGAGUACUGCUACAACCCUGACCAGGUGCCUGUGGAGAAUAUGUCAGUCAAAGAUCUAGUCUCCUGCGCCUACCAGGUGGCACGUGGCAUGGAAUACCUGGCAUCCAAGAAGUGUAUUCAUAGAGACUUGGCUGCCCGUAAUGUCCUGGUAACUGAAGAUAACAUUAUGAAGAUAGCAGACUUCGGCCUGGCCAGAGACAUCCAUCAUAUUGAUUACUACAAGAAGACCACCAAUGGCCGUUUACCAGUGAAAUGGAUGGCACCUGAAGCUCUGUUCGACCGCAUUUACACCCACCAGAGUGACGUGUGGUCUUUUGGGGUGUUGCUUUGGGAGAUCUUUACUCUUGGUGGCUCACCGUACCCAGGUGUUCCGGUAGAGGAACUCUUUAAACUGCUGAAGGAAGGCCACCGCAUGGACCGCCCCUCCACAUGUACCCACGAACUGUAUAUGAUGAUGAGAGAUUGUUGGCAUGCUGUUCCGUCUCAAAGACCAACUUUCAAACAGCUGGUGGAAGAUCUAGACCGCACGGUCUCUGUGACAUCCAAUCAGGAGUAUCUGGACCUGUCCAUGUCUCUGGACCAAUUUUCCCCAAAUUUCCCAGACACACGCAGCUCUACCUGCUCUUCUGGUGAAGACUCUGUUUUCUCUCAUGACGCCGGUGCUGAUGAACCCUGCCUGCCCAAAUUCCCCCUGCACCCCAACCGAGGAGUGCCGUUUAAAAAGCGCUGAGCUCCCUUUACCAAUAACUCUACAGUUUGCUUCCUGGCUGGACUCAAACCCUGAACUCUAGAAGAUGACACUUUGCCACACAGCACACUACAGAGUUGCCAAGAGACAAACUGCUUGGGAUGGAUGGACUAUACAGCUGGAAGAGAACAACCUGAUCGCUUACUGAGGGCUCUUGAGGAAAGAGUGGUAGUGUGUGCAUUUCUGAAGACUUUUCAAUAUGAAAUAUCCUCCUUUGUCAUGUAGAGAAAACCUUAAAGUGACAUCGAGUGAGAGGGACCGAUAGUCGGAUGUUAGAGUGUUUGAAUGUUUUCUAUUGAUGUUUAACAAUGACCUUUCUGUUGUUUCUCCGAAUUCUUAAAAAAAUGUAUUCCACUAAAAGGUCUGCCCAAAAGUAUUUUAACUUUGGGCAUACAGUUUAUCUGACUGAUAGCUUUCCUUGUAAAUACAGCCAGAAAUGUAUAAAUAUGAAUAUAUAUUUACACUCUACCCUUAUUUUUAUUACACUUUGAAUUUAGCUUUUUUGUACCAGGGUUUGCAUAUGUAGAACUUUUUGAAGUGUAGCUUUUUGAAAGAGACUGUAAAAUGUCCAUGAGAAUUGUAGAAGAGAUUAUAUUAUUCAGAGCUGAUAGAUGGCCAGUUUUGUUACAAAAUAAUUUUUUUUACAUUUUUUUUUUUAUGCAGCCUGGCAGAAGUGGCUCAUAACUGCUGCAGUGUCCUAAAUGGUACUCAGUACAAUGUCAGAUUUAAGCUAUAUUAAGUGUGUAUGUAUGUGUAAGUGUAAAUGUAUAUAUUAGGGCUGUCGAUUUAACACGUUAAUUCAGUGCGAUUUAAUUUCAUAAAAAUGUUUUAAAAAAAUGUACGCAAUUAAUCGCAAUGCCCCGGACCGUAAUAAGGAAGAUUCCUGAUAAAUGCAAGCUUGUAGUACCACCUGUUUACUCCAGAGGGCAGUAAUUGAAAUUUCAGCUGUGUGGCAACGCGCAGUAUAUACAGUGAACAAAACAACACUUCAGCAGACAGCACAACACAGACAUGCGUCACGUUCUUGCGUUCAAAACACUUGGAGUGCAAAUCCGAACUAAGGGAUCUCAAGGUGUGUAUUAUUAAACUAUAUUUAACUUGACACAGUGACCUAAAAACUUAUGUUUAUAGAAGCUACACAAGCAUGUCUGAUGCAGGUGUUCAUUGACGGGUCCUUAAAUAUAAAUGUAUAUAGAUCACAUUUUUAAAUAUUUAAAGAUAAUAAUAAUUUAAUCGUUAUAUGGGGGGCUUUCUCAGCAAAUAUUGCGAUUAAUCGCGAUUAAUUAAUCGGGACACCAUGUCAUUAAUUCAAUAAAACAAAAUGUAUACAUUGACAGCCCUAAUAUAUAUAUAUAUAUAUAUAUAUAUAUAUAUAUAU